AUGCAAGAAGCUAUUGAUGGCACUUUUCCGUUGACGACACUAACACUGAACGUGAGCAUUCAGUACCAAGCGAUAGACGGUUUCGGUGGCGCCAUCACGGACGCGGCUGGACUCAAUUGGCUGAGCCUCACCAAUACCAACCUACGCCAAAGUUUGAUAGACUCGUACUUCAGUUCCAACGGCCUCGAGUACAACGUUAUCCGAACGCCGAUAGGCGGCAGCGACUUUUCCAGCAGAAAAUAUGCGCUAAAUGAGUUACCUAUGUACGACAAACAGCUGUCAAAUUUCAGUCUCGCUGAAGAAGAUUUCAAUUUGAAGAUCCCAAUGUUCAAGGCAGCAAUGAAGGCUUCUAAUCAAGACAUAUACGUCAUCGCCACCACCUGGUCCCCUCCGGACUGGAUGAAGGUGUCCAACGGGAUUUCUGUGUGUGGGAAACUGAACCCUGAUUACUACCAGACUUACGCAGACUACCAUGUUAAAUUUAUCGAUGAGUACAAUAAACAAGGCAUCAAGAUAUGGGCCUUGACGACGACGAAUGAACCAUCGAACGCGUUUUUAGCGACUAUGGUGUUCAACUGUAUGGGUUGGAGCAGUACCGAUCAGGCAAAAUGGAUCGUGAACAACUUCGGUCCAACUGUUCGCGCCUCUAAGUAUAACAAUACCUUGAUUUUUGUGAACGAUGAUCAACGAUAUAUCAUACCAUUUCUGUUUAAUGAGCUGGUAGCCAGCGACCCCAGGGUGUUGAACUACAUAGAUGGAGUGGCUGUGCAUGGUUACGCGGACCUAGUGAUCCCCGCAUCUAUAUUGGAAGCAGUCACCAACCUGUACCCGCAGUUGAAACUGAUGAUGACUGAGUUUUGUGAAGGAUACCUCUCGCCCACACAGAAAGUACUAUUAGGCUCUUGGGAUAGAGCAGAGUCAUACAUUAAGAGUAUAUUAGGGAAUUUGAACUUCGGCGCAGCAGGUUACGUCGACUGGAACCUUUGUCUAAACCAAAUCGGGGGUCCCAACUGGGCGCUAAACUUCGUGGACUCCCCGAUCAUAGUCUUUCCAGAGGCUGGGGAGUUCGUCAAGCAGCCCACGUACUACGCCAUGGGCCACUUCUCCAAGUUCCUACCUCGAGGGUCGAAGAGGAUCCAAGUUAAUAUUUACAAGUCGCAGUACGAUUCGAACCUGCAAAACGUCGCGUUUGUGACGCCGCUGAACACGGUCGUUGUUAUUUUAUAUAAUCCGGCAGCUGAGACCAGAGUUAUUAUAAAGCUGGGCAGCCAAGCGGCCACAGUGUUGGUUCCCGCACAGUCCGUGAUGACCGUAGAGAUGGUGCUUGAUCAGACUUCGUACGAACCGAGCAACGUAAACGCUGGGCCCGAAAGUUCCCCAGACUUGAAGGAAUCUAGUGCUACAACAUCAACAACCUCAACAACACCACAGAGUACGAAUACGUUAACAAGACCUGCUAGCCAACCGGCAUCACAAACGGCAAGCUAUCCACAGAUCCGAAAAGCAUCGACACAAAAGUCACCAACCCGGACAAGGACCCGAGGAUAGCAAGAUAAUUUACGAAUGGACCCACUAGGCAUAUUGCUUGAAAUAAUAAAA